CAAACUGCUGCUUCUGACAGCACACUGAGAGCAACAAGCCUGGUAGCGCAGACAUCCAUGAAAGCAGCCUAACUGACGAGUAAAGGGCGAGAUAAAGAAAGAAGGGAAAAAAAGGAAAAGAAAUGAAGGGAAAGUUACUUUUACAAGAAAAAAUGCCAAGAUGCCUUACUGUGUUGUUCUCUACCGUUCUAAAAACAGCAAUGUUCUGUAUCAGGUCUCACCAUCUGCAAUCUUCAGCCCCUGUUCUCCCUGGGGCAUAUCAGCAAAGCCAGUCCCAAGGAUAUGGAUACAUGCACCAGACCAGUAUGUCAUCCAUGAGAUCCAUGCAUUCACAGCCUCAUUCAGCAGGUCUGAGAACGUACAGAGCUAUGUAUGACUACAGUGCUCAAGAUGAAGAUGAAGUUUCCUUCAGGGAUGGUGAUUAUAUCAUCAAUGUGCAACCAAUUGAUGAUGGCUGGAUGUAUGGUACUGUUCAGAGAACUGGGAAAACAGGAAUGCUUCCAGCAAAUUAUAUUGAGUUUGUUAACUAAUUUUUGUCUCUAGUUCUUUGAGCUUUAUUAUGAUUUACUCAAAAUCUAACCUUUUAGAAAAAGUCAGAAGAAUCUUUAAAGAGUACAUACAUGUUCAUUACUUUAUCACUGCUAUAACAGUCUGCAUUGUCACUCAGAAUCCAAUUUAGAGUCCUUUAAAGUAAAGAUAAAUAAUCAUCAAGAAGCUCAGAGCUUUGAAAACAGCAUUGCUUAUAAUAGUGCUCCCUCAAAAUGAAAAACGUCUAUGGAAGCCUGGUGCUGCCAAUCCUAUAAAGAUUUCAGUCAAUUAGCUGUAAAGGGG